CUGCUACCGGCUGACACGCACCCCAGCGACACUGCACUCUCCUGUGCUCUUCCCGAUGCUUUGCAACAGAUGAACAACGUGGGUGUACCGUGUGAGGACUUGUUUGACAGCCAAGCGGACAAUCAUACAUUCUGGAAUAAUUCUUGUGCCGAUCCACACCUUUCACCAUUGUUACGACGGACUCACAGUUUUGACAUAUCUUAUGUUUAUGAUAGUAAAUGUGAUGAAAAUGUCGAAAGUGCCUGUCGACUCGGUCGAUCCGAACCCGACCUGUCAAAAAUUGGACUGUUUGUGGAAGCGGAGGUUGCCUUAGACUGCGGCCAGAUGCAACCGCCGCCGCUGGUGUUAAACAACCCUUUCUACGACGGUUCUUUUGCAUUAGAUCCGUCGUUACUUAACCAAUCGAUGGUGGUGCUACCCGAUAAUUAUUUAGCAUUUGAAGAUUCAUUUGUUCCAACGUGGGAUUAUAAGCCCGAAUAUUUAAAUAAUACCGAACUAAAUUCUGAAUUGUACUACGAAACAUUGCCUAUUAUACCUACUAACGAUCCAUGGUCUGUAUACGGACAUGAUAAUUCAAAUUACAAUUAUUAUUCACCACAAUUGGAGGUUCCCACAGAUGACGGAAUUCAAUACAUGAGGUUUAAUGAUUUAGAAUUUGCUUUACCACAAUACAUGAACUUGCCGGCUGAACCACCAGUUGAAUGUCUGAAACACGAAGCUAAACAACAAGAACAUAUGAGUACGCAGGGGGAUACAGAUAGUCUUAAAAAUGUCAACGAAAAUAACAUAAGUGAGCUACAAGUAUGUGAUAGAGUUAAUAUAGAAUCAAAAGGAACAGCACCUGCCGAUACCGUUGUUGCUGUGCCAGCAAAUGAAGACAACAAAUGUAGUAACAUCGACACUAAUGCGAAUAGAGAAUCCUCUCGUAGUGAAGAUUCCCUCAACGCUGACAUAUCUAAUGACAUCACAUCUAGUUUAGCAUUCGUACCGAGUAGUAAAAGCUCCCAAGUGGCUAACGCCAGAGAUGACACGAGCGACGACACCUCCCCUUGCUCCACCGACUAUCAGGAGGCAUCAGCUCUCGACCUGGCGCAAAGUCUCGGUGAACUCUCCAGUUGUGGUGACAGUACUGACUUUUCUCAAAGCAGAGACGAUGUAUCUCCCAUACCUGAAGCACAAAAUAACACCACUUCCGUUGUUGCCAAAAAUGAAGAAAACCUACUUAGUGGCCCUCACGUUCACGCUUCAGAGAAAACUUUAGUCAAAGUGCCCCUCAGUCAAUUACCAUCCAUUCCCAUUCAGGACCAUUGUGCGUCAUCGAAAAUACCUCCGGUACCUAAUAAUUUGUCAAAUGUAAAGUGCUUGGAUGAUAAUUCGGAAAAGGCGCAGACGCAAAAACAAUCGGUCGUCGCUGAGCCCAUUGUAUACAACGAUAAACCACCUACCGCACCAAGUACCUCCACCCCAGCAGGUUUUAUUGGUGUUAAUAACGUAAACGCUGGCGCGUCCCAUGUAUCACUAAAGCAUCCCGUGCCUCCCUGUGUGCCGGCGGCGUGGCUGACGGCAGCGCCUCCCAUCCAACGUGUUAAUGUACAGAAAAAUGUGCCUCAAAUCUGCAUUCAGAACGCGGAGGGCCAGGCGAAAGCUGCGGAUAGGGGCCCCCGGGCAGGCCAGCAAGCGGCCGCGAAGGCAGGAGAAACGGCCGCCGCGGACCCUCAGCCGUCCUGCUCGUUUGUGCCGCCCCCACCCCCUCACAAUAUACAGCUCAAACCUGACAAACAACAAAAAGAAGUCGAGAGCUCCCGGGCGCGCUCCUCCGUCAAGGACGACAAGGACGGACACCUGGUGUACUGGCCCGGAUAUGUCAUGGGAGCGAGAUAUAAGAUCAUCGACACUCUCGGUGAGGGCACGUUCGGAAAGGUGGUCGAAGUCAAGGACUUAGAAAUGGAGCACAGAAUGGCUCUUAAAAUAAUAAAAAACGUCGAGAAGUACAGAGAGGCUGCAAAGUUAGAGAUUAAUGUAUUAGAAAAGUUGGCAGAAGUUGACCCCGACUGUAAACAUUUGUGUGUAAAAAUGCUGGAUUGGUUUGAAUACCAUGGACACAUGUGUAUCGCAUUUGAAAUGCUCGGACAGAGUGUAUUUGACUUUUUGAAAGACAACAACUACCAGCCGUACCCGCUGGAGCAGGUGCGGCACAUCUCCUACCAGCUCAUCUACAGCGUGCUCUUCCUGCACGAGAACAAGCUCACGCACACAGACCUCAAGCCGGAGAACAUCCUGUUUGUGGACAGCGACUACGAGGUCGUCAAUGUAUAUAAUAGUAGUAAGAAGACACAUGAGCUGCUGCGAGUGAAGCGCAGCGACGUGCGGCUGAUAGACUUCGGCAGCGCCACCUUCGACCACGAGCACCACAGCACCAUCGUCUCCACCAGGCACUACCGCGCGCCAGAAGUCAUACUGGAGCUGGGAUGGUCGCAGCCAUGCGAUGUGUGGUCCAUCGGCUGCAUCAUGUUCGAGCUGCACCUCGGCAUCACGCUCUUCCAGACGCACGACAACCGCGAGCACCUCGCCAUGAUGGAGAGGAUCCUCGGACCCAUCCCCUACAGAAUGGCUCGUAAGACGAGAACGAAAUAUUUCUACCACGGCAAACUGGACUGGGACGAAAAGUCCUCCGCCGGCCGCUACGUGCGAGAAAACUGCAAGCCGCUGCUGAGGUACAUGCAGAGCAACAACGAGGAGCACCGGCAGCUGUUCGAGCUGAUCGCGCGCAUGCUGGAGUACGAGCCCGCGCAGCGCAUCUCGCUGCGGGACGCGCUCGCGCACCCCUUCUUCACCAAGCUGCCGCACCACCAGCGGCUCGGGCACCAGUUCUCACGGCCGUCGUUCCUUAGGUCAGGCCUUGUCUUGUCUCUUACGCUUGUCCAGCGCUUUGCAUCACUCGUGUCAACACAUGCUGAGACAUGACACACUUUGCUCACUGUUGGCCUGCUCUAAAUUUAAUUUACUUUUUUUUUUGGCCCCUCACACUUAUUUUCAAUGCGUAUUUUGUUUUAACUAACGACGUAUCGUUAAAUGGUUAAUAGAGUAACUUGGUGUAGAUUUACGAUGAUCUGCAUUAAGGGGCUUUUAAAUGACCAUAAUAUGGUACUAAUUGUUGCAGUCAAAAAUGUAAUGCUGGUCUGUUCAGUUCGAAACUAAAAUUAUUUUUAAAAUGAUACUAAAUAGGGAAUGUUUUGCACCUUUAUUAUUUUAUUCGUGAUUGUCUUCCCCUAAAACCCGGUUUUUUUUUAUUAUGU